CCUCUUACGAGCCGUCGGUGACGCACAAAAUGCGAUGGCCAAUAGGGGGGGGUGUGUGUGAAUGGAUGGGCUGUCCGGUAAAAGCUACAUAAAGCAGCUGUAACCUGCUGAGAUCUGAAAGAGGAGCAAAGCUCAGGGACUGCUGCCCCCCCAGGUGCACGUCCGCCCUGAAUCUCCGAGCCUGCCCGCUCCAACCACGUGUGCACCACAAAGGCUUGCAAUCUAUCAGAAAGUGUAGCCUAUCCCCGGUAGCUGAAGACUUGGUAGUGAAUGGAGACCAUCGGCGCUGAUCUAGAAGCUCCAGAACAUCUCGUCUGACGGAACCGAUCCCAGAACAUCUCCGGUGAAGACCCCCAACUCUUGGUCCACGCUCAAUAUGUCCGUCCAGGGUAAGACUCUAUGACCGUAGCCUCCUAUCUAGACGACCCCCAACCUUCUGAUCUUUGACCCCACCAGCUUUGCCGUGAGCAGUCGACUAUCUCCACAUCUCAGGUAGGACUUUACCUAGUGAUGAACUUUCAGAACUUCCCAGAAGUUUGAGACGUACGAGGAAAAGCUUCAUCGUAGACCAUCGCAGAUCUUCGAGGAGUCUUCUCCCACCGACAUGGAUCCGGUCAAGUCCAGACCCUUGGCGGAGAAGAAACCGGUCAACUGCAAUGGAUUUCUGCAAGAAGAUAAGAAGGACUCCUCUUCGGCGUUGGGUCGUGCGGAACGGGGUAGGUCUGAGGUGAGCACCCCGCCCCUGGAGAGCUGGAGGGAAGAAAGAACUCGCAGCGAGGAGGACAAUGAGAUGAACCUUCCUUCCUUGGCGGCGGCUUAUAGUACCAUCCUGAGGGCGCUGGGAGAAGACCCUGGAAGGCAGGGACUGCUGAAGACCCCCUGGAGGGCAGCGACCGCCAUGCAGUUCUUCACCAAGGGCUACCAGGAGACCAUAUCAGAUGUGUUGAAUGACGCCAUCUUUGAUGAAGACCAUGAUGAGAUGGUGAUCGUGAAGGACAUCGAUAUGUUCUCCAUGUGUGAACAUCAUCUGGUUCCAUUCAUUGGGAAGGUGCACAUAGGUUAUCUACCAAACAAACAGGUGCUGGGCCUCAGUAAGCUGGCCAGGAUCGUGGAGAUAUACAGCAGACGACUACAAGUUCAAGAACGCCUUACAAAACAGAUCGCCAUUGCGAUUACAGAAGCCUUACAGCCCGCUGGUGUGGGAGUGGUGGUGGAAGCUACUCACAUGUGUAUGGUCAUGAGAGGGGUGCAGAAGAUGAACAGCAAGACGGUCACCAGCACCAUGCUCGGCGUAUUCCGAGAGGACCCCAAAACCAGGGAAGAAUUCUUGACUCUCAUCAAGAGUUGAUAAUAGUGCCAAAAAAAAAAAGAAAAAAAGAAAAAAAAAAAAACAGCAGAAAAAAACGUCGUCUAUAGAGCGGUUGCUGCUGCCUAAAUAAGUCCAUCCACGUCUAUGUGUCUCUGGUCCAGUCGUAUUUAGUCUAUUGGUCAACUACGUGUAGGAGUUCCGUGUUCUGUGAUGACAGCUUCUGCGUCAUGUUAUAUGGUACUUGUGGUUUUACGUUUUUUUUUUAUUGGAAACAUGGCGAUAAAGCUCAUUCAUUGUGUUUACAGACCUAUAAGGACUACCUGUGACCACAGCAGGUGUCGGAGAAGAUUGACAGCCGGGGAUCUGGAGAUCAUUGUAGAGAAGUGGUCCUCAACCUGCGUCUCUCCAGCUGUUGAGAAACUACAACUUUCAGCAUGCCCUGACAGCCUUUGGCUGUCAGGGCAUGCUGAAAGUUGUAGUUUCGCAACAGCUGGAGACACAGAUUGCUCUAUGACUGUUGCUAGCACAAUGACAGUCCGGUUGCUAAGGAUUCACUGCCUAGCAACCAGCAUGUCCCUAGCAACUAUUUUUACCGCUGUUUGCGCAAUCACGGCCAGAUUGCCAUAUUCACAGUAAAAUUUCACAAUUUUUACCACAAUUAGCAGUAAAUUACAGCAGUAGUGCUAACUUAACGCCACUGCGCAAAUUUGCCAUUCUGCACAUUUUAAAGACCUGUCUUUGCGGGCGGAAUCCCAUUGAACUCAAUGGGGCGCAAUUCUAUUCAACAAACUUUGCGGACAUUGUGCGGAAUUCCACCGCGUCGGCAGAAAGAAUAGACAUGCCUAUUCCUUCUCCGCAUUUCAGUCUAUGAAACGUCUCAUUUCUGAGCGAGCGCCCGCCGGAAUAUUCAAUUGUGCGAAGAGUUUGCCCAUGUUUUCCGGGCGUCAAGAUGGCCUUAGGAUACAUGCAUACUACGGAAUGUCCGCCUGAUUCAGCAGGCGCUAGCACCGCAUGGUCACCACGAAUUUAGGAUCCAUCAGUCAAUAAGCUGCAAAGAGCGUCUCUAACUCUGGAGGACCCGGCUUGUCUAUGCGUUAAAAAUGCGUUACAGGGUUUUUCUUCUUUUUUUUUUUUUUUUAAAUCAACUGGCGGCAGAAAGUUAAACAAAUUUGUAAAUAACUUCUAUAUAAAAAUCUUAAUCCUUCCAGUACUUAUCAGCUGCUGUAUGCUCCAGAGGAAGUUGUGUAGUUCUGACCACAGUGCUCUCUGCUGACACCUCUGUCCGUGUCAGGAACUGUCCGGAGCAGGAGAGGUUUGCUAUAGGGGUUUGCUCCUACUCUGGACAGUUCCUGACAUGGACAGAGGUGUCAGCAGAAAGCACUGUGGUCAGAUUGGAAAGCACUACACAACUUCCUAUGGAGUAUACAGCAGCUGAUAAGUACUGGAAGGAUUAAGAUUUUUUUUAAUAGAAGUAAUUUACAAAUCUGUAUAACUUUCUGGAGCCAGUUUAUAUGGAAAAAAAAUGGUUUUCCACCGGAGGACCCCUUUAAAAAAAUAUCCCAUUGAUUUCAGUGGGAAGCGUGUAAUGCUUCAUUUCUCCUGUGGUGGCGCUGCAGGGAUAUCGAGCACUGGCUGACAGGAUCCACAUACAUUACAGCUGGGAGUCCUGGCAGCGGCACAACCAUCCGUGAUCAGCUUAAUAAUGGCGGCCGGUGCUAAUAAAAUACGGACAACCCAUAUUUGUCUGUUUUAUAAUGGUGACGACCUCAGGCGGCCAUAUCCAUACAGUUCACUCUAAUUCUACAUUUUAAAGGGGUACUCCGCCCACAGACAUCUUAUCCCCGAUACAAAGGAUAGGGGAUAAGAUGUCUGAUCGCGGGGAUUCCCCCUCCGCCCCAGUGUCAGGACCCCCACGAUCAGAAAUCUUAUCCCCUAUCAUUUUUAUAGGGAAUAUGAUGUCUGUGGGGAGAGUACCCCUUUAAUAUCCAAUAUUAUUAUUGUAUUUAUUUGCUUCUCAUGCUAUAUCCUAUGUUUCCCAACCAGGGUGUCUUCAGCUGUUGCAGAACUACAACUCCCAGCAUGCCCGGACAGCCUUCGGCUGUCCGGGCAUGCUGGGAGUUGUAGUUUUGCAACAGCUGGAGGCACACCUGGUUGAGAAGCACCGUGCUUUAUGUAUAUGUAUGUAUUUGGAUAACGUCUUCACCAUCCAACUCUUAUGCAUUUAAUGUUAUUUAAAAGCUAGGUUCACAUUGUGUUUCACCAUUACAGGAGGCCUACGUCACAGCGGUGUGCCCCCAUAUGCCGUGGUAUCCGAUUUCUUCAUAACAAGACACCACGCCUGUCUUUAGGUUGUGUGUGGUAUUAUAGUUCAGUUCCAGUGAAUGAGGCCAAGUUGUAAUACCGCGCACAACCUGAGGACAGGGGUGGCGCUGUUUUUGGAAGACAUUAGGGGAGAUUUAUCAAAACCUCUCCAGAGGAAAAUUUGCCCAGUUGCCCAUAGCAACCAAUCAGCUCGCUUCUUUCAUUUUAAACAAGGCCUCUACAAAAUGAAAGAAGCGAUCUGAUUGGUUGCUAUGGGCAACUGGGCAACUUUUCCUCUGGACAGGUUUGAUGAAUCUCCCCCAUUAAGCAUACAUUUCUGGCAGGUUGACGUAGAGCUCCACCGUGAAACCCAAUGGGGAGAUUCAUCAAGACUUGUGCAGAGGAAAAGUUGACCAGUUGCCCAUAGCAACCAAUCAGAUCACUACUUUCAUUUUGUAGAGGCCUUGUUUAAAAUGAAAGAAGCGAGCUGAUUGGUUGCUAUGGGCAACUGGUCGACUAUCCCUGUGCACAAGUUUUGACAAAUCUUCCCUAAUGUGAAUCCAGCCUAAUUCCUUUUGUGUCUCUUGCCGCUUUCCUUGCACAUAUGGGCAGGGCUGCAGAGCAGACCCCGCCCUCCUGGGAGAUUCCCAUAUAUAUAUGGUAAUGAAGGGAGGAGCAUGACUACUUGCCCAGCCUGUGUGGAAAAACUAGAGGACUCCAAGCAGGAGACGAUACAGCCAUCCGAAAUUUAGACGAUACACUACAGGAAUACAGUCUCAUACAGUGAGCAGAAAUUUUGGGAAGGGUUCCGCCUCAACAGACGGACCGUUUAGGGGUUGGGUGGAGUCGCCCUUUAAAUAUUUGUGUCUGUGUGACGUGUAUUAGGUGCGUGCGGUUUGUGUUUCCUUCGCUUUUUUUUUGCUCAUAAAUACCCGGAAGGAACAAGAACAACAGGCUGCACCUUGAAGAAGCUAAGGAGGAGACCCGCGUGCGUGUAUUUAUAGUCUCCCGUCUGCUAUGUGCCUGUGGUCUACAUAGAGUUAAUGUCCUAUCCGUGAAGAACGUUAUUUUCGAGACCAAAAUUAUUUCACUUAUAUACGCCAAGCAGGGCUUGGACAGUGUUACGGUGACUAAAAGCAAUGUUUUCCAUCAAAAUGCCAAACUACAACCCCCAUCAUGCCCCGACAGCCUACGGCUGCCGGGGCAUGCUGGGAGUUGUAGUUCUGAAACAGCUGCUUGGGGAACACAGCUGAUUUCUUUAAAAAGCAGCGCCACCCUUGUCCUCAGGUUGUGUGUGUUAUUACAAUUUUUUUUGAAGUGGUAUAAAUUGUAUGAUAUAUGCCUAUAAUAGAAGUGAUCCAGUACAAUAUAUAGAUAUAUAUAUAUAUAUAUAUA